GCUGGUUCCCCAAGUGCACGGAUCCAACGCAUGUUAUUCCCUCAAGGACGGAUUCGGGCGGUUGUGGAUAACUGAAUUUGAGCCGAGACAGGGAGCAGACUGGCUAUUGGAGGAUCCGUCGUACUUGGUCAUGCAAGAGGCCAGCGUGCUACGCGCGGUACAGCUACUCGGCUAUCCUCGAGCACAGGUAAUAUGAAUCAUCAUAAGAGCACCAUGUCCUGUUUCUCUCGUCUAGCGCGGUGCAACGCCCAGUUAGAGCAGAAACCAUGACCCAGCCCCUCACAUUUCUCGUCGCCUUCUCGGCUGUCGUAGGCGCGUCCGAGGCGAUUCGACAAAUUCAGUCGGACGCCAGGAGAAAGGAGCACAGAAGUCGGAAGAAUAAUCUUAUACUAAGAUGUCUCAAGUCUUGUCAAUACAGCCAUAUCCUCGAGGGCAGGCGAGUAGUGCUCUCCGGAGACAAGCUCUACAUCGAUACUGGCACCGACUACGAACAAGUCUUCGGCCAUCCGUUUGCCGGCUACUUCUUACCAUAUCCGGAUACCAAGCACUCGGGGCUCGUUUCGACAAUUUGCGAGGAGCCACCUAUCAUGAAUUGGAUCUACGUCGACCGAAGCACCUACGAGCUUAAGUUCGGCACUCGCCCGCAGGCCCAGGCGAACUGGCCGGGCCCGUUCGACUGCACUCGACAAGAUCACAGACUAACGUUCAACGGCUGGGAAGGCUUCUUUGUUGUUCGGGAGGGCGACUUUUGGGCGUUAUAUUUCGAUGUCGACCAGGACGGCCUCAAGGCCAAGGUGGGUGACGCGCGUCCGGUCCUCGAAGUGGAACUCUUGAGAGUAGAGAUGCGGGUGAAGCCAGUCAAACAAGAGAAACAGCUGGAAAGCGGUGUGAAUGCAGAGGCAAAAUGCGGCAAUGAAGAGCCGAGCGACGGCGUAAAUGGUAAUAGAAUGAACAAUAUACAGAUACAGAGGGGAACUGAGGGGCCAGGCCUAGAUUCUCCUGAUGUCGACUGAGACGGGAGCGAGUUGCGAAUACAACCUUCCAAAUCCAGCCGGUCACCUGGCGCAUCUAAAAACCUGUUGAACCCCCCUUAUGCCAUAACCUCUGAGUAUAGCUCAUACGUAAUCAACUCCCGUGAUUCUG